AUGUUAUUAAAAUUAUCAACUAUCCAAUGGUUUUUCAUGUUCAUUAUCAUGAGCAUCAUUAAUCUCAUUUAUAAUAUUGAUAUUAGUUCAAUAUUAAGCAAACCAUUAAUUACAACAACCAAAAAGAAAAACAUAUUUGCCACAUUUGUUAUCUAUCUUAUUAUGGCAACUCAUUGUGUUAAUGCAUACUCAGAUAAAGGUGUAUAUUUAUUUGAGGGUGUUACUGGAAGAGAAUUUUAUGAUUUUUUUGCAAAGAUCAGUUAUCCAUCUGAUAAAGGAAACCAAGAGAAUAUUAAAGCUAGUAGUGACGCAAGGAAUGCUACAAAAGGUGAUACUGCUGGUGAAAUUGCUCAGAUCUUAUCUAGUACAGAAAAAUUUCAAAACGCAAUGAAGCAAUUUUUUGAAGUUGUUGAGAUGGGUUCCCAUCCAGAAGAUGACGUGGAUGAUCAGUUUAACACUGUAACUUCUGAGAAUUAUGAUUUGAAAAAGUUAAAUAUUACUUCCAGUGAAAACAGUGAAAUAAAUCUAGGUCAGAUUUUAACUGGGGUUAAUAUUCCUGAUGAUUUUAUAUAUCAAUUUAUAAAAAAUAUACCACCAGAACACUAUCAAUCAAUCAUAGAAGAUGCCGAAAAAUUCACAAAUAACUUCAUUUCAGUUUUGACUGAUGAUUCAAUAGACUGGUUCACAGAAAACUCAACAUCUUCAGAUAAUGUUACAUCCUCAUUUGAUUUCAAAUUACAAAGCACAGGAUCAGAAAUUGAUCCUGAACAAAAGGAAUAUCUACACAGGGUUAUCAGAAGAUUGAAGAGAAGAGUUACAAGAUAUCCUGAUGGUAACCGUUGGGUUCAAGAACAUAGUGAAGGGCUUGCACUUUUUGGUACUAUGACCGCAGUGCUUUCCAUUGUAGGAGGAAUUUUUGUUGCUUCCGCUUGUGGAUUUAUGGCUGCAAGUCCAGCGUUUACUGGACCUUGUGCAGUGUUUACGGUUGUUAUCAUUCUUUUACUUAUGUUGGCUGGAUUAGCAUCAUUUUAUUUCACAAGUAAGAGGAUUCCAAAACAUAUUAAUGGGCAACUUUCUAAAAUUUUUGGACCAGUGCAGAUUAGUCCUGAUGAUUUAACUGAUGAGUUAAGACGUCAUCAACCUUCUAAAAAGGUAACACCUGGUGAAAAGAGCUCUGAUGAACUUGUUGAUCUAUUUAAGCCCGAUGGAAUAUUUGGUGGUUUUUCAGAUGAACAAAUUGGUCGUAUUAUAAAAACAAUAGCGGAUGAAAAAUUUAAAGAUCCUGAUCAAACUGACAAAUCCUUCGAGGGUAUCAAUAAGUCACAGUAUGAAACACUUUUGAAAAUUAUAGAAGAAAAUAAAAAAGAAAUUGAUGACUUAAAAAAGAUCAAUCAAGAUAAUAACAAAUUACAUGAUGAAGAACAUGAUGAUUUUCAAAAAAGGGAUAUAUUAUCAUCUAUAAAGAAUAAAUUUAAACCUAAAGGUACCAAUGAUGAGAGUAGAAAUAAUACUAAUUCUGAAGAAUAUUUCAAUGCGCUUGGUGAGCUAUUAAAAGACAAAAUUGAAGGUGACAUCUUUUUUGCCAAUUUUGAUAUACCUCAUUUGUUAAAAUUGUCAAAUGAACCAUCAUUUCUUAAUUUUAAUUUUGCUUUCUUCAAGACCAAAGAUGGAAAUUAUGUCCCAAUAAUUGAUCUUGUUCCAGGUGGAGACUAUAAAGAUCUUGGUGUCAAAAUUGCCUUAACACUUCUUGGUGAAGCUAAACCAAAAGAGCAUAUCUCUUGGAAUAAAGAUAAGUGUGUUUUCGACAAGAUUAAAGAACAUAGUUUUGUUUCAUUAGCUUAUAAAGAAGAUUUUCAUCAAAAUCUUCAAAAAAUUCCAACAAUGGAGUUUUCAUCAGAAGGAAAAUCAUCAGAAUGGUAUCUUCAAAAAUUAUUUUCAUCCGAUGGUGAUGGGUUUAGUUAUUGUGGUAUGGACCCUAAUGAAAUUGACAAUUCUACUGGUUCCCAUUCUGUUCUUUCCUAUAUUCUUUCAAUUUCUAGAGUUACUGUCCAAUUUGGUAAGAUUGCUAAGGCACCAACUGAUUGUGAAACGAUUAUUCAAAAAGGUCGAAACUUCGUACACAAGGUCAAUGAUGGUGUUCAAUCUGGUAAAAAUUAUUUGAAAGGUGGUAUUGAUUAUGCAUUUGGUAUUGAUGAUAGUUCAGGUAUUAGUUCGUUAGAAGAUAGACACCCAGAUGAUGAAAGUCAAUUGAAAUAA